UACCCUCCAAUCAUUUCCGAGUGAACGAUCGUACGCUUCUCUCCUUGACGAUUCCAACGAAAUCCCACUCGCACGGACCAUUUUCGGGAUAGAAAAGUUUUUUGUUGUUUGGGUUUCUACUCAUUUGCCUGAAAUUUGAGUUGUGUUUUACAGAUACCGUUCUAUUUACGAACUCGGAUUCACGUCAAUAUGUCUUUCCAGAACUUCGAUUCGUUUCAAAACCAGCACCCAGCGGCCGACGCUGCCGCUGCUGCCCCCGGCGCACCUGCUACUGCGGAUGCCAUGGCCGGCCAGGCCGACCCUACCACUGCCCCGUUCCAGGGCCCUGCUCCUGGUGAGCCAACGGCUGCUCCCGUUCAGCCGGCCCAGGAGGGGAAGACUACUCUCUGGAUGGGUGAACUUGAGCCUUGGAUCGACGAGAACUUCGUCCGCAACCUUUGGUUCCAGAUGGGCGAGCAGGUCAAUGUUAAAAUGAUCCGCGACAAGUUCUCUGGGAGCAACGCCGGCUACUGCUUCGUUGACUUCUCCUCCCCCGCCGCCGCCGCCAAGGCUCUGUCGUUGAACGGAACCCCCAUGCCUAACACCAACCGCCUCUUCAAGCUGAACUGGGCUACUGGCGGUGGUCUGGCUGACCGCAGCCGCGAUGACCGUGGUCCUGAGUACUCCAUCUUUGUUGGCGAUCUCGGCCCUGAGGUUAACGAGUAUGUACUCGUUUCCCUCUUCCAGAGCCGCUUCCCUUCUUGCAAGUCUGCCAAGAUCAUGACCGACCCCAUCAGCGGCAUGUCUCGUGGCUACGGCUUCGUUCGCUUCUCCGACGAGAACGACCAGCAGCGUGCUCUGAGUGAGAUGCAAGGUGUCUAUUGCGGCAACCGCCCAAUGCGCAUUUCCACUGCUACGCCUAAGAACAAGGGCCCCGGUGUUGUUCCCGGCGGUAUGGGUAUGCCUGGUCCCGCGGGUAUGUACCCUCCCAUGGGUGCUCCUCCUAUGGGCUUCUACGGUGCUCCUCAGCCCAUGAACCAGUUCACCGACCCCAACAACACAACUGUCUUCGUUGGUGGACUUUCCGGCUAUGUCACCGAGGAUGAGCUUCGGUCUUUCUUCCAGGGAUUCGGCGAGAUCACCUAUGUCAAGAUCCCUCCUGGAAAGGGUUGCGGUUUCGUUCAGUUCGUCCAGCGCCAUGCCGCUGAGAUGGCCAUCAACCAGAUGCAGGGUUACCCCAUCGGCAACUCCCGUGUGCGUCUGAGCUGGGGUCGCUCGCAGAACAACUCUGGUCCUGCCGGAAGUCCUUACCGCCCUGCUCCUCCUCCGCCUCCCAUGUACCCUUCUAUGGGCAUGCCCCCUGCCCACCAGUACGGCGGCUUUGCGCCUAUGAAGUAAAAAAAGCGUUCCUUUUUUUGAAAGCCACAGCAGGAGUUUUGCGUCAUUUCAAGGAUGGGUCUUUUGUGUUAUAACAAGUCUGCUAUUUGUCUCUGCGAAAGCUCCCUUCUAUAGCUCUUGAAGGGCAUUUUCUCCUGUGCUACGUAUUUCAUU